CGAGCCCGUACAUCUUCACUCACAGUCACACCUCGAUCACCAUGGGUCUCAGCGGUGCGAAGAACAAGACGAAACUGUCUCACGACCCGAAUAAUACAGCCUGGUCACGGUCAACGACAGGAUUCGGCCACAAAAUCCUCGCAUCUCAAGGCUGGAAACCCGGCGACUACCUGGGAGCCGAAAAUGCGAGCCAUUCAGACCACUACACCGCCGCAAAUGCCUCUCACAUUCGAGUGAUGCUACGGGAGGAGAACUUGGGGAUUGGCGCACAGGUCGGCAAAGGCAAUGCUGAAACCUUCGGACUUAGCAUGUUCUCGGGCCUGCUGGGACGUCUGAACGGCAAGAGCGACGUCGAGGUCGAGAAGCAACAAAGUGCACUACGAGAUGUCCAGCUCAGUACGUUUCAAGCGCAGAGAUAUGGGUUCAUGAACUUUGUCAGUGGCGGACUGCUGGUUGGAGACAAGAUGGAGUUUCCCAAGAGCACAGUGAUGACGGACAAGGCGGCGCCAGGUGCUGGCAAGAAAGGCCUGAAACGGAAGGCAGAUCAGGACACCAGCGAGCAACCUGAGUCGAAAAAGAAAAAGGCGAUUGUGGAUGCGGACAACCAGAGCUCGGAGGACGAUAGCGAUGACACCGAGGUCGCAGCACCUGCAAAGAAAGAGAAGGAGCGGAAGUCGAAAGCAGAACGAAAAGCAGCGCGAGAAGCCAGGAAAGCAUCGAAGUCGGGUGCGGACAGCGGUGAGAAGGCGCGGCUCAAGAUUGAAAAGAGAGCACGAAAGGAGGAACGGAGACAGCGGAAAGAGGAGAAGCGCAGGAGACAAGCCGCAAAGACUGCUUCCAGUGCUCAAGUGUCGACAACGCAGACCUCGGCGUCGAGCAGUGACAGUGACGGCACGGCAACGCCGCCAGUGAGCGGAGGUUUUGCGGGUGGUCGACACGCAGUCCGGCAACGAUAUAUCCAACAGAAGCGGAUGGCAUCCAUGGACCCGCAGGCAUUGAAGGAGAUCUUCAUGCUGCAACAGCCAAAAGCGGCGUCUUGA